GCUAGCCGUAUUAUGUUAUCUCCAUAAGAGAUAAAGAGAAGGUGUUCUCAUAAUUAAUUGAAGAAAUUUGUUUCUUCAUGUGCAAGUAAUUAAGUGAUCCAACAAAGAUGAAAGUGUUCAUCGAAUCAUGAGAUACGAUCUCAACGGCACUAGCAUCCCGUAUCGAUUCAGUUUGUGUGCGUGUGGAUACCGAUAGAGGCACGACGUUUGGAUUGCUUGAAAUCUAGACUUAGUUUAUUCAUAUUUACGUUGCGAAUAACCAGAUAUAUUCGGAACCCUAAGAUCUAGAUAAUUUUCAGUAUUUGCAUGAGAUCUAGGCAUAUGAAUUCAUAGGUUGAUUUAUAAAUCGUUAUAAACCGGUAUGAAUUCCAACAUCCACUACAUCUAUAGUGCUUGCUCAUGGCCUUAUCACUGAAGGUAUUAAGGUACAUAAUCCCAUUAUGACCAAACUGGAUAAUGCCUGAUUACAUGUGCUAGUUCUACUUCUAUCUCAUCCCUUCUCUUCAGGUGGUUUAUGCUGGAAUGAAUCCAAUCCAAGUUGCUCCUGGUAUUGAGAAAACCGCAAAAGCUCUUGUUUUGGAGCUCAAGUCAAUGUCGAGAGGGGUGAAAGAUCCAUGCCUUUUAUCAGGAACAAACUGAAAGGUAAUUUGAAGGCGGCAGCUAUUAAAGCUCCUUCCUUUGGCGAGCGUAAGAGCCAUUGCUUGGAUGAUCUUGCUAUCUUAACUGGAGCUACUGUGAUCAGAGAUGAGAUGGGGCUGAGCUUAGAGAAGGCUGGAAAGGAGGAGGUCUUAAGAACAGCAAAAAUAGUUGUUGUAAUUGUAACUAAGGACUCAACACUGAUUGUUACUAAUGGGGACACUCAGAAAGCAGUUGAGGAAAGGGUUUCUAAGAUUUAAAAACUUGUCCAGGUCUUUCUAUUAUAAAUAGUCUUCUCGUUUCGUUAACCAAGUGACAUCAUAUUUGAGGCUCAUGUUUUUCAUUUGAUCAUAAUGUGUAAUUCAGAACACUGAGGAAAACUUUCAGAAGAAGAUCCUCAAUGAGAGGAUAGCCAGAUUAUCCGGUGGAAUUGCAUUAAUCCAGGUGACAUUGUAAACUGUGGGAACCGAAAUUCACACUGUCGAUUUCCGUUUAAAUUAGGGAACUAGGAAAAUCCUAAUUUCCCAGAGGUCCCAGAGAUCUGUUAAUACUA